GUUCGUCCCAAGUAUCAGCGCUUCAGCCUAAGGCUUCACUCACGUUGACCAUACGGCAUAAGUAUUUGUCAUCGCGCGGUCAUCUUUUCUAUCAUAAUGUUUUCCAUUCGCUGUAACUCGUCAACCUAGGCGUCACUCGCUUGAUUUCAACAUGCAUUACGCAGGCCGUGUCCUUCACAAACUGCUGACCGUGCUUCGAACCGUGGUCUUUAAACUUUCUAAACAGUUUUCGUUCCCAUAUCACAUUCUGCAUCGCAUCCUUGCCAUUUUGACUUCCAUUUUUUUGCGCUCGAGUGCUGCAUAUACAAGGAGUAGUGGUCGACAUAAACGCCGCGAACAAUGCGGAAGUGACUCUGAUGCUUCACCAGUAGUCUUCCUCCCAAGCCUCUAUCACCCAUCCGAGUUUGAGUCUGGGCACUCAGUAAGCCAGCACUCGGGACAUACUCAGGCUCGCACAGAGAGCUCUCCUCCCGAAGAGGUCGAAUCUAACCACGUGUCUAUGUCGAUUGUCACGUCGCUGCGGGACAGUACCCCUCCAAUUCUGAAGCCAAUGACCGCGAGUGACGUCCGUCGUUAUAGCAAAAAGUCUCAAAUUCAGAGGACUGAUACAGACUUCAUGAUCCUAGCAGGGCGGAAGGAUUUUUUGAUUCCGGACAAGAUCGAUGCGGGCGAUCUGAUCUGGGACUGUCAGAUUCAUCCGCACGGUACACUAUACUUCUCCAGUGAACAAGUGACAUGGAGAGACCCAGAAAUGGAGACAACCAUGGUUCAGAUCACCGUGUUCACAGAUGCCGACGUACGCCAGCAAUCGAAUUCCGAUGUAAUUGCUACCUGUGUCAGAACACUCUUGGACCAGGCGCAAAUCGCAGGUCAUCUUGAAGAUACCCUCACGGAGCUCACCAUUGACUUGUCCACAAAUGCUCAUGGGGAGCUUGAAUGCAAGUACUAUUUUGUCGCACCUGAUCUGCGGGUUCUGUUCUGGGAAGAUGAUUUUGAGGCGAAGCACUUGUUUGGUGAGGUCAAAGGCGUUACGAGCGGUCACAUCAAAUAUGCCAUGGAGGCUGAGUAUUGGAUGCACCGGGAGCUGUAUCCGAAUGACUGCAAGAUUACUCCUGAACUACACCGCGAACUGCAGGCAAUGAUACUUCAUGCUUAUACUGACACUAUCUUUUCGGAUAUAUCCUUGGCGCCUUUUGACACAGACGAGCUCCAGCGAGCCCUGAACAUCGUGGACUGCUUGAAUGGCAUCGUCAACAAGCCUGAUUCAACUGCAAACGACCAAUAUAUAUGGGCAUACGCUCGGUUAAUGCGAAUGUUCACCAGGGCCAGGUUUUCUAACUUUUAUGGUGAAAUAGGCGCGAGGCUAGGUACAGAUCACACCGUUUAUGCCGAAGACGACUAUCUCGACAGAAGACCGAUAGUUAAGCUUUUUAACCUCAUCCUAUUUGGCUCUCCGUCCACCCACGUCAGAAAGAUCGACAGCGUCUGGGUUGACCAAUCUGUCAACCGACCGCGCUGGAAAAUGUUCAUGAAUGGGUUGACGAGCGAGUGGAGUGGGCUAGCAAUUUAUUCAACCGUUAUGUUAGCUGUCGACAUUAGUUUCCUCGCGGUACCCGCGAUCGGUCAACAACCUUCAGCACAAAUCGCGUUAUACAUCUCGUCACUCUGGGCUGUAGCUUCACUGGUAGUUUCUGCUCUUCUUGCGCAAAGCGGAGGGCACCAGGACAGUAUAGAUCGAGCGACUGCAUUCAUGACCCGCAUGACUCGGUCGCUCCAUGGCAAAGAGAACCUUGCUAUCAUCUUCAGCCUACCGUAUGCGCUUGUUAUUUGGGGGAUGGUUUUCUUCUUCUUGGCGCUGUCCCUCGUGAUCUUCCUAUCUGCUAAUGUCACAACGUGGUGCACUGUAGGGCCAGCAUGGUUACUCGUUAUUGGGUUUAUUGGCUGGCCAGUGUGGGCUGCCAAGAGCUCAUCGAUUGGACAGCCGAUGUCCUCUCUUUGGAUCCGUAGUAGGAAACUAGGAACAUAGGAAAUUGAUAGACUAGAAAAGAGGUCCCGAGCCAUGACAUGUACAUUCAGCAAGUAGUUGCAUAAACGUGGGGACAUUUUAUCGUCAGUAAGAAUAAC